UACACCGCUAAGCUAUAAAACACACACACACACACACACACAGUUGCUUUUGCAGUCUUUUCCUGCAUAUCUCCAAUCUCAAGCAUAAGCUUUAUAUGUGUAUGCUUAUAUUUUAUAUGUUACUUUACAGAUAAUGCAAUGUUAUCGCCUCCAUUUUGUAUAGGAUUCAUUCAUCUGGAUCACAGGCUCUCACAUUCAAGAUUCCUUCAUUUUUGUAUAAUACCAUAGCUUGGGAAGGAGCAAAGAUGUCGAGUCAUUGGUGUUAUAAUUGCCAGGAACCUGUUUGUCUCACGGGCCCCAAUCUGGUUUGUGCCAACUGCGAAAGAGGUUUCGUUCAAGAGCUCGAUGAUGCAAUUAGUACGAACGCCCCAAGGCCGGGGUAUAUGGAAGCCCUCUCGAAUUUCCUCAGGCACCAAAGGGCGGAGCCGAUUGAUGCCAAUUCACUCCUCGUGUUUAGUGGAGACACGCCGGUUAGAAUGCCUGGCAUUUUGGAGUUUCUCAAUGAAACUCUUGGUUUCAGACGGGAAACCGGGGGUGACUAUUUUGUAGGACCGGGAGUCGAGGAGUUUCUCCAACAUGUCACACAGAGUGAUCAGCGCGUGCCUCCCCCGGCCUCAAGAUCCUCCAUCGAUGCCUUACCAACCAUCAAGAUUUUGAAGAAGCACGUUCGUGCUGACUCCACCUGUGCUGUUUGCAGAGAGGAUUUUCAACUGGGAUCUCCGGUGAGGAAGCUACCGCGCAAGCAUUUGUACCACUCAGAUUGCAUAGUACCCUGGUUAGAACAACGAGCUUCGUGCCCAGUCUGUCGCCAGGAGCUGAUCACUCAGCAACUAGGCAACGACUGCAAUAGUCACAACUUGUGGGGCCAAAUCCGAAGAAGCAGAAGGUGGAGCAGGAGAUGGAGUCGGAGAGAGGAAACAACAGCAGCAGCAGAGAGUCAGGGAACGCGAAGGAGGAGGUGGUCUUUCUUGUGGCCUUUUCGUUCAUCUCGGUCCAAUUCUAACCGUGGUGAGACAGUCGAACCAAUCCCAGUUCCAUACCAUGAACAUAACCAGCAUGAAGACUACUCGUACUGGCCUUUUGAAUAUUGAUCUUUAUCAAUAACAACAAAUCCUGCUGUGCUGUCCCUUCACAUUAUUUGUGAUCCUAGUAUUCAUCAUCCACGCGAUAGAAUAAAUGUGUGGACAUGUUCAAUCUUCAUCAUUGUAAUUUAUUCAUCUGCA